AUGGUUGAUAUUGUGAAUCCACCUGUAGAGGAGGAGUGGCCAGAACUGGGCAAAAAUUGGAAAAGAUUCGAAGAUGAUGUUGGGCUAGAAAAAGCAGCAUUCAAGGAGGAUAGCCAGUCAAUUGGUGUUAGCGAUGGUGCCCAAAGUGGGCCUCGUACGUCUCGUCGUAACAGUAACGAUAAUAAUCGUUCGUCUGUUAUUUCGAAUGCAACAGUGGGUGAUCGUAACCGUUCUUGCCUUCUCAUUGGGCCAAAUUUCGUGGGUUAUGAAGUUUGCCAUCAUGCACCCAUACUCGGAUUUGAUCCUAGUAUUGUUAAUUACUACAGGGGCCUCACUCGUACCCCUGUUACUUGUUGUUGUCACCAUCCAGAGUGUGCAUUUUGCACAUCUACUCGUCUUAAUCGAAUCAGAUUACAAGUGGAAUAUUAUUUUGGGGACGCAAACUUUGGUAAAGACGCCUAUCUGCAGGGUCUCAUGGAAGACGAUCGCUUUAUCCCGCUUGAUGUAAUCCUAGGUUUUCCUCGCAUGGCCCAGCACAAAGCAAAACGUGAAGAUGUUCUUAAAGCUUGUGCUGCAAGCACGGUUGUCGAAUUCGAUGAAACUAUGAGUAAAAUACGCCGGAUUAAUCCUAACUCAUUUCCCUCUCUUAUAUCUGCCACAAUGAAAUUGCCUGAGCCCGCCGCACCACACCCAUUGCUACAAUUUCCUGAUCAACCUAACCCAAUGCCGGUAAUUACGCUGCAGCAGUCUCCCCAACCGCCGGUUCCGGAAGUGAUUUUAACAUCAGCUCAAGAAGAACCCUGCUUUCUUGAACAACAGAAUACCCAACAACAGCAGCAGCAGCAAAAACCACAAGAAGGACGCUGGCAAACAGUUGACCGUCGAUCCAAGCGGGCUGGCAAUCGUUCUCAUUAUGAAAGCGAUGCUGAAGCUCAAAGAAUUUCACGCCCUGCUCAGUCCCGAUCGCGCGCAGUUUCGUCCAGCUCUGAUUCUGUGGAUAUAGAUGAAGAAGAUCUUUUGAAGUACCUUGUCGUCAUUUUACCAGAGCGAGCAAUUGAAAGAGAGGAUCCCUCGACUACUGUUCUUACAUCUAAGGCGCCAGAAGAGGCUUCACAACAGUCAAGCACUGCUUCUGGUACAGCUACUUCUGCUAUUGCUCCUGUUUCUGAACUUCGUUCGAAGGGCUUUUCUCACAGUCACCACGUUACCCCUCAGAAAUUGCAGAAAUCGGAGGGUGGCGGUGUGUCGCAGCGAAUUUAUAGCAAGCAUCCAAGCGGUGAUAGACACCCCAAUCCCGAUUAUCAGUCAAGGGCCAAAACUCACGCAGAGCAUUUGCAGGAGAUUAAGCAUGGUUUGGAGGUUUAUCAGAGUAGUGUGCGACGUCAACGUCGCUCAUCAUACACUCGCCUGGGAUUUGAUUUUGACUACGACUUUGACGACUAUCUCAGUUCCAGAAAUAGCUCCUUCUCCGACCUUGGUAGUCUAGACGAUCAUCACAUUAUCAGCCAGCCCAGCAAGGUUCAACUUUUAUCGGACGAAGAUUUUGCUACUCUAAAACUUGCCGCUGAAGAUAAAGUGCCACCUUCCGCUGCGAUUCACCCCGCAAAAAGCGAACAGUUGCCAGCUGAAAAUCCCGGAGAAUCCAUUGACGAGAAGAAACCCACUGAAAUAAAGGAAUACCCAUUCUUUUAUCCUUCAAGCAUAGUUGAACCUCCUCCAUUCGUUGCUCAACCAAUUAUUUAUUACCCUGCCAACGUCCAAUUGGCUCAGUGGAACCCCGUUUUCCAAGUGGGCAACAAGGAUAACUCUGCUACUGCUGAAGAUCAACAGUCUGCAUCUUUCCACCUUGCAAAAGCUGCUGUCGAUGCUCUUAUCAAUGAAGUCUCAAUGGCCGCUUCGAAGGCGGAAGAACAGAUUGGCCAAUCACCGAAAAAAAUAUCACAUCUACCAACUCCUAGAACUCCGCGUCGUGUGGUCGGCUUCUACCCUGUCAAAAUCGGUGCUGGGGGCAGACGUCGACGUGACGAAUUGGAUGUCGGUUUUGCCUUUGAUAUCGACAAACCUAGCGGACAUAGUGGAAAGGGGCCUCGUCACUCCUCCAGCAGAGGACCACGUGUAUCUAGUGUUUCCUUCUGUGAGGGUGAUAAAAGUGUUUUUAAUUUUGUACCAGACAUAGCCGUUGAGGAGGACAAAGAGAAGACUGUUGUGUCGAUGGGCCGUGAUUUUUGCUGCUCUGGAACAACGGUGAUAAUUAGCAGCCAGUCACGUUAUCCCUCAAGUGGGGCAGAAGUGCGCUCGCAUAACACCACUGGUAAUCAGUUAGAGGAUCAGGAAGCAACAAGGGCAAGUUCUUUAAGAAUCCGAGGCCGACGAAAGCAUGCCACCUCCUUCUGUGCCUCCACAGCUCAUUCGGUAAACAAUUUCGCACCCAACUUCCGCAACAACAUGACCACUCAAUCGGUUUUGAAGGCGGGUGGCUACACCUCAAAGGACUACAUGCGUUACCGUGCUGCUUGUUUGGCCGACAGGGAGCGUUGUGGUGCGGGCAAAUCACAGGAGAUGAACACCCUUUAUCGCUUUUGGUCCUUCUUCUUGCGAGACAACUUCUUCAGCAAGAUGUAUCGCGAGUUCAGACAGCUGGCUAGGUCAGAUGCUGAGGUCGGCUAUCGCUAUGGCAUUGAAUGUCUCUUCCGAUUCUACUCCUACGGUCUGGAACGUAGAUUCCUACCUACCCUUUUCAAAGACUUUCAGGAGGAAACGCUUAGGGACUAUGAUGCUGGCCAUUUGUACGGUCUAGAGAAGUUCUGGGCUUUUCUGCAUUACGGUAGACAAAAGCCCGAACUGGACCCUCGCAUUGCUGAGCUUCUCAAGAAGUAUCGACGAAUUGAGGAUUUCCGCAUUAACUUUGAGGCUCCAGAUGGCUUCUUCGGCUACCGCAAGCGCCUGCCUUCAACAUCCGCGGAUGUGUCAAUUUCUGAACCCGCAAUUAAGCAUAGUCGAGGCUCCUCUGAGCCUGAAUCCGUCAAUCCUGACGACUUUGAGUCUGAACCGGCGGCGGUCACUGCGUUAACAUCUCAGGUCUCGGAGUCUCUUGCUUCCACAGAUUGCCCCAUCAAAGCUCGGGGAGCUAAAAAGGAGGCGACCGAGGAUGAGGAUGAGAAUAAGAUUAAAUCAGUGGGUGUAAAGCCUUUGUAUCAGGGUGAAGUGUCAAUUAAAGGUGGGGAUUCUGCGCAAGUGAAAAGGGGACUUCAAAAAAAACGAUUGUCAAAGAAGGGCAAAAAACCAACCAAACUUGCGGUAAGCGAAUCUGGUGAUACACCGCAGCCUUCAAAGCAUGAGUCCGAUACUGCAAAAACUGCUUCAACCAAUGCCACUGAUUCUCCUGCCACCACCAAGUGGCCUGUGAAGCACUGGGAUUCCAAAAAGCCUGCCCCGACUGCUGGGGACGUUGAUUCGCAGAAGAAUGUACAAGUCACUGUGCCAGCGGGGGAUCUCGCAGAUGUCACAAACGUGACAACAGCUCCAAAAAAGGCGCUAGUUGAUCAUUCAGCUCCAAUGAGACCGCGUAACCAACGCGGUAAACCCAAGUCUGGGUAG